AUGGAGGACCAUGCCCAGCCAGUAAGCGUGUCGGUAGACAUCGACGUCAUCGAAAAUCAGAAGGAGAACAUCCAACCGAUCAAGUCCGGUCGAUCGGCUGCCCAGCUGGUCUCGCUCUUCAAUCCGGCUGCUUCUGCUUCAACACUCACCCACUCCUCCAACUCUUACAACCCAAUCAAUCUCAUCGAACAGCGUAAAUUAUCCCAUGAAAAAUUUCAGCAUCAUAUUCGGCUACUCGAGGACGCCUUUAAAUCCAAACCAAUCUCAAAUCCUCAGGAUAAAUUACUGGCGGAAGACCUGCUCAAAGACCCUUUGGAUAUCUAUCUUCAAUACAUUCGAUGGACGAUCGAAUCUUAUCCGGCAGGGGGGACGAGUGGCGAAUCCAAACUGAUUCCAUUACUAGAACAAGUCACCCGGAAAUUCUUGAAAGACGAAAGAUACCAACAAGACGUAAGGUAUCUAAAAUGCUGGAUAUUCUAUGCCAACCAAGUCAACACAACCAUAGUAGCAAGCGACCAAAAAGGUUUAUCAUCAUCUGUCAUCCCGAAUAACACGUCGUCGAAAUUGGUAUUGAAUUAUGUGAUCCAUAACCGAAUCGGGACGAAAUUCGGCCUACUCUAUCUUGAAUACUUUAAGCUGUUUAUGCCGAUACAGAGAUUGGAAACGAACGAAGAUGACCGAUAUAAGCUCGAACAAGUCUUGAAAUUCGGCAUCUCCCAGACGGCAGAGGAUGAGCUAAACCCCCAACUGGUCGAACUCCUGAACCAAAUUCAAUCGAUAGCCAAAGAUGAUUCGAGAGCCAAAGAUCAGGUGACGGACAGGCCAGGAGAAGGCUCGAGAAAGCCGGCGAAAACUGGACCAAAGAUGAUUAAUUCCAAAGCCAAGACAAAGAUGAAGAUCUUUGAAGACUUUGAAGGCCAUGCGGGGACGAGCCAAGCAGACCAAACAGGAUCAGAAGCAGUCGAGUCUCUUGUCGAGCCCCCAUUCUCCUUGGUAUCUAAGUGGGAUAGCCUCGGCACGGUCCAUUCGAAUCGGAAACAAAACACCCUCAAUCCGUCGACUUGGAAAGGCCAGAAAUUGCCCAUGAAGCUCUCUAAACCAUCAGCGGCCUCCUCCAGCAAUACUCUCUCCGACCCCUCCCCCAUCAUCGCUACUAGCCUCGAUCGACCCCCUGCUGCUUCAACCCGAUCUAAAAUCAAAGUCUAUGAGGAUCACUUUUUGGACAAUGAGCAACAGCCAUCGAACCAACAGAAACAGUCUCUCCUCCACGAAUCUGAUCAACCAAGCACAUCAACCGGCACGAACAACCUUAAUGAUGACCACGGGGAUAAGGAACUCAUCAAUCCUCAUUUGUUGGACGACUUGUUGACCUCUGAGAUUGAAAGUCAAGCCCAUGCUAUCCAUAAUCAAGUCUCUGGUAAUCAUGAUCAGCCUCGAGUAUUGAAAUUUGAUCCUCUCCAAUUCCUUUCCUGA